UGGGAAAGGGUCUCAUGGGGGAGAAAGCUACACACGCUCAAAAUCACAUGGAGAGAAUGCAGGAAGGUACGAACACGUGAGCAGAACUCCAGUUUAUUCAGAGGACUAGAAAAAUCACCACAUGUAGAGUCUUUCUCAUGAGCACAGGUACAGGUAACUUGUACCCAGGUACAGAGUAACAUGAGAACACCCCUAAUGUCAUCUGUAAGCCUGGGCUUUGCUGUUGUUUGCUGAUGACAGCAUUUGCUGUACCAAAAGUGUGUGAAUGAGUAAAGAAUGUCACGCACCACCCCUAAGCUUAUCGACGUCGUUUUCCCUGAGGGGCACAUAAGUGUUUCACUUGGUUAUAUGUAUGCUUACUUUAGGAAGAUGGAGAAGGGCCUGCCGGCUCUUAUUUGUCGUUCAAUUUAAUCGUCACGGAGAGCGCGUGAGUGCGAUUGGCUUAAGUUGCCAGCUGUCACACAGGCGCCGAGGAGUUAUAACGCCACAUGGGUGGAAAUUUGUAGUUCAUGCGGCUGUUCUUGAAGAUCUCGGAGUGGUGGUGGUGUUUCUCGCUCUUCGUCGAGCCAGGAGCCUAUCGCGAAUCAGUGGCUACUGCGGCCUCGAUCUUGGCCAGCAAAAUCAUGGAGGAGAAGCCGGACCUUGAGCCUAGCGAGAAGGAAAGCUCUCCGCCGCCAGUGAAAAGGCGCCGGUUGUGGACUCGGCAGGUGAAGCCGCCCGAGGAAAGCGAGAAGCGCUACGUGCCGCCUCCGAAGAGGCGGAAUCCCGGUGUGAGCUUCAGCGAGACUCACUUCGCCGAGACCAGCUACUACUUCGAGGGCGGCCUUCGCAAGGUGCGGCCCUACUACUUCGACUUUCAGACCUAUUGCAAGGGCCGUUGGGUGGGUAAGAGCCUCCUGCAUGUCUUCGGCACUGAGUUUCGCGCCCAGCCCCUCGAGUACUAUCGAGCCGCGGCCAAAGCAGGCCGCCUCCGUCUCAAUGAGCAGCCGGUGCGGGACCUCAGCGUCAUACUCAAGAAUAAUGACUUUCUGCAGAACACAAUACACCGCCAUGAACCUCCAGUCACAGCGCAGGCUAUUGAGUUUCUGGAAGAAAACAAUGAGGUUGUGGUGGUGGACAAACCUUCUUCUUUACCUGUCCACCCAUGUGGCAGAUUUCGGCACAACACUGUCAUCUUUAUUUUGGGUAAAGAGCACAACCUGAAGGAGCUGCACACUAUUCAUCGGCUUGAUCGCCUGACAUCAGGUGUCCUCAUGUUUGCUAAGUCCGCAGAGGUGUCCAAGAAGAUCGAUGAGCAAGUUCGGCUGCGACAGCUGGAGAAGGAAUAUGUGUGCCGUGUGUUUGGAGAGUUUCCAGAAAGUGAGGUGACCUGUGAAGAACCCAUCCUAGUUGUCUCUUACAAAGUAGGAGUGUGUCGAGUGGACCCCAAGGGUAAACCCUGUAAAACGGUCUUCCGGAGGCUCAGUUACAAUGGCAAGACUAGCGUGGUGAAGUGUUUUCCUUAUACUGGCCGUACCCAUCAGAUCCGUGUUCAUCUACAGUUUUUGGGGCACCCUAUUGUUAAUGACCCCAUCUACAACACCGAUGCCUGGGGCCCUGAAAAAGGCAAAGAUGGCAAUAUUAAUAAAACUGAUGAGGAGCUACUUCAGGCUUUGCUGGAAGAACACCUUUCAAAACAAAGUCUGGGUAUCUUGGACAUUGCGGAGGAAGAUUUGAAACCCAUUGUAGGAGAUCAGUUGCAGAAGGCUGUGCAGCUCACCUCUGGCACGCCUAAAGAAUCAAAGGAUGAAGAAAAGAGUGGAAUAUUGGUGUGUUCUCGGAGUUCUGUCUGUCAGGCAGAACUGGACCAAAUGGAUUGUGGAGAAACUUGCUUAAAUGAGCACCAGGAUGAAAAGGAUCCUCUCUGUGGAGAAUGCAAGAUAGUGAGGCCAGACCCAUUGCCCAAAGAUCUAGUCAUGUAUCUCCAUGCUUUGCGCUACAAGGGAGCAGGAUUUGAAUACUGCUCUAAGAUUCCUGCUUGGGCACAAGAUGACUGGGAAGAGACCUGAGACUUUUAAGAUAUUUUGUAAAGACCGUGUGUGUAUGCACAUAAAAGGGAAAUGUUUUCUCUAGCUGUCGUUUUUAUCAUAGUGUAAACAACUGGAGAAAGAAGUCUUUUUGAUAAGUGUGAAGAAGCCAUUCAAAAAAUUGAGCUUAUUGAAAUUUACAAGCUGUCUUUUCCAGGGGAUGAUUUGCUUUGCAUAUUACGUCUGUUCUUGUUGCAAAAAACCUGGAAAAAAAUAUUUCGAAGAUGCACAGCUUCUUAUCAGACAAGAAUGUUCUGAAUUUUAGAAAUCUGAGUUUAACAUAUUCCAGGAUUUUUGCACAUGCUGUGGGGCAGUUGGCACCAGGACCAGGGCGAGGUUCAUAUGUAAGAUCCGGAUGGCAGCUCUGUCAUCCACUGUAUGAUCUGGAAUGUGAUGUCAAGAUGUAACUAUUUGGAGUUCACUGGGAGCAAUGUGAAUACAAGUAAACACAGUUGCUUGUAAACCACAAAGCGUUUACAUUUACACAACAGAGCAAUCCACUUAAAUAUGCAACAACCCAGCCAUGUGUUUCAGGCCACCCUAUAUUGUAAUAAGCCACAUUUUAUUUGGCAGAGGUAGGCUUUAAAAUGGAUGUAUUCAAGCAUGCAGUAGACUUGUACCAUUGACAUAAAUGCAGAUUAAGAUUUGGGUGUCCGUUUGGAAGAGCUGCUAUAGAGCAGGUUUUUCAAUGCUACAUGUUUUUAUACCCCCAAAUUUUACUGUGGAUGGCUGCUGUUCAGCUGCUCUGUUCCUUAAUGGCUCUAUAUAACCAUUCCAAUAAAUUAACUGUACAAGGGGGCUCAUUAAACGGUUGUAAAGAUAGUUAACCUUGGAGUAGAAUUGCCUUGAGGGAGCCCCCCACUGCCUCCACUGCUUUAAAACACUCUGUAAUGAUAGUGCUUAUGUUGGCCUCUUGGAAGCAUUCAUUUGUGGUUAUAAAAUCAGUUGCAACUGAACAAUUUCUUAUAAAAUACACAUAUUAAAA